AUGUCUCUCAACCCCAUAACAGUCCUAUACAAGGAGGUCAAUGGCAGCAAAAUCAGCACAGACAUCUACCUGCCCGCGACCGCAUCUUCUGAGAAGAAGCUAUUCCCCGUCAUAAUCAACAUCCAUGGCGGCGCUUUUAUGCUCGGCCAUUCGCGCAUGGUCUCCAUGCCGCAGAUCACAGACUGCCUUGAGCGCGGCUGGAUCGUGCUGGUCCCCAACCACCGCCUUUGCCCUGGUGUGAACUUGCUCGAGGGACCGAUGCGGGAUAUCCGGGAUCUGCUCGCGUGGGUGCAUGAUGGACACCUCGAUGCGGUUCUGCAAGAGCAAGGUCCGUAUGGCGCAGACUUGGACAACAUCGCAGCAUUCGGAACAUCAAGUGGUGGGCAUUUGGCGAUGUCGCUGGGCUGGAAUACUCCCAAACCACCCAAGGCAAUCCUAUCACUAUACGGCGCUGUGCAUUUCACGCAUCCAUUCUGGAGAAAGCAACUUCCCCACGUGCAGGCCAAAUUACCACCUAACCUCGAUUCCUCAUUCUUAAAUAAGAUCUACAACGAGGUCCCCGUUCCAACAGAUAGUUCCGUCUCGCUGGAGGGACAAUCCGAGUCCGGUGGCUCAAAGGGCCCGGACUUCUCCCGCUCCCGCGACGCAUUCGCUUUUACGCAAAUCGCGUCCGGUAAUGUAUUGUCUGCUAUCUACCCCGACUCGGAAACGAAGGAUCCUACUUUCAACUCUGUGGAUCCGCUGCAGAAUGUUACCUCGGAGUUCCCGCCAAUUUAUAUUGUGCACGGACAGGCUGACACCAUGGUGCCGAUUGAUUUGAGUCGUGAGCUUUUUGCUAAAUUGAAGAAGGAGGGCGUUAAGUGCGGAAUGACGGAGGUUCCGGAUGAGGAGCACACUUUUGCUAAUAUGAUGAAGGUUGGUUCGAGGACUUGGUGGUUGCAGAGGGAGGGAUUUGAUUUCUUGGAGGGUAUUGUUGGGAAGGGGCCUCAAUGA